AUGAUUCCACAUCGAAGCACCGCUCUCUUAACCAUUAUCGUUUUUGUCGCCCUCGUACUGGUAAUAUUCUCCUCCUCCCCCAAUUCCGCAGCAUCAGCAUCACCUUCUGGGGAAGCACCGGUCUCUGGUCCAGCGAAAUAUGUACCCCGGCCGAAGCUCCCGUCUCUGAGCAACUAUCACCUGCCAUUCUUCCGGCCAGCUUCCCAUAAACCGCCGGAACAGAAGAAUAGUACCAGCGGCGAGUCGAAAUGGUUCAGCAAUUUUGCAUGGAUCAACCCUUUUUCGUCGUCCAUCACUCUCGAUGAGAACCGUUCCGUACUGCCUCCCCUUCGAGACAGACCCUACAUCUACACCUAUUACGAAUCCAUUCACGGUGAUAAUAAGGAUGCGGAGAAUGCUGAUGCUCAGCUUCUCCUCGCCUGGCGUCGGGCUUGGUUCGCUCAGGGGUUUAGGCCAGUCGUACUCGGCCGUGGCGAGGCGAUGAACAACCAGCUCUACGAGAUGGUACAGACCUUGAAAAUCAACAAAGAUCUUGAGUAUGAUUUGUUCAGGUGGCUUGCCUGGGGUCAUAUGGGCACCGGAUUACUCGCCGAUUGGCGCUGUUUCCCAAUGGCGCGAUAUGAUGAUCCUCUGCUGUCUUACUUUCGCCGGGGAGUAGAUCCUGCGCAGAUUACAAGAUUCGACCACAUCGGCAGUGCUCUUUUCGCUGGCGAGAAGACACGUAUCAACGAUGUGCUCAAGAAUGUGGUACAGAAUGCCCUCAAGAGUGUGGACGACAAGGCGAGGUCCAUGCUGGACAUCAUCCCCGGCGAGAUUUUCAAGGUCGAACAGCCGAGCGCUCUGGCUUUCUACACCUCUGCGACCAUCACCACUCACUAUCCGACACUCGCAGAGAAGAUCGUUUCAUCGCCGACCGCCGGCAGACUGGCGCUCCUCGAGCUGGUCAACUCGCAUCUACAUAACACAUUCCAGAACUCCUUCCAGGCCGGCAUUGCUGUUUUGAAGCCCUUCCCUGAGCAUACGACCGCCCUCGUGGAACCCGCCCUGCGCCUUGCCAAAGCUCUCGGCCAAUGCCCGAGCUCGCCCAUCCCCGAAUCUUGCCCUCCAAAUCUACCAAAGUGCCAUCCGUGCAACCCUGAGCGGCCGAUGCAUAUCAGUCAGCCCGCUACCUACCAGAAUUCAUCACACGUUUUUACGAUUGGCACUCUCCCCCACCCAUACACUCUGAUUAGCCUGCAGCAGGGAUCUGAAGAAGUGACCACUCGACAUAUUCGCCGCGAAACCGAACGCGACCCAUGGCUGACGGAAGUGACUAAGGACCGAUUGAGUAGCGAGUUUGGAGGCGCUGCCCGAGCAGUUGUACUGAAGCAGGCCGUUGCAGAUGAUUCGGCAAUCGGCACUUCAUUGUGGAUGACUGUGGAAUCAUUGCCAGCAAACAACGGCCAGUUCGAAUGGCAAUUCGGAUUCAAGAUCCCUCGCAGUGGCCCCUCCGAAACCAAGAAAGAAGGGGAAAAGAAAGAGCCCGCGCAAAAUGCCAACAAGGGUUCCAUGCAGAACGCCAACCCCAGCAAACAGGGCAUUGAGAAAGAAUAUGAUCUAAUUACAAAGGCAAGGGAAGUCUUGAAGAGCAAGGAGACCAACAGGAUUGGCAUCAAAGACGUGGCUGAAGCUUGGAACCUGGCGGACACUGAAAUCUGGCGCUUCGUCAGAGCUUACCGGGCCCGAAGCGUCGUUGAGCGAAAGAAAUGGGAGGAAGAAGAGAAGGAUUUUGUUGGUGCUAAGGUCAGAGAAUAG